GUUUCGUUCCUGAGCCGAAUCAUUGGCAAUAAAAAACGCGGCGCCCUCCCGACCCAUGGCCAAGAUGCUUCCGACCCGGGUGAUGGCAGGCCGGAAGGCAUGGACGCCCACCUAUUUUCCCAUUCCACAGACAACGUGGGAUUCAGUCCGCAGUACCCGCAACCGCCCCAAUAUAUCAAGGUUCGAUCGAAAUUCAAGCGGGAGAAGGAGAUCGAUCAUCUGUUCCUAUCGCAGCAGUUGCGAGGUGGCCAUCAGAAGGCGACGACGUUUCCGUUGGUAAGUCGGACCGCCACCGAAAUCGCCUCGCAUACGCAGGCGCGAGAGGAUCCGGUAUGGGCGCUGGAGUUCAGCAAAGAUGGGAAAUAUCUGGCCGCCGCCGGACAUGAUAAAACAGUCCGAGUGUGGGCAGUUAUAUCGUCACCGGAGGAAAGACGAGAUUUCGAGGAUGCAGGAUCUCCGCAGGGCGGACAAGGAGCGUCGCCUAGCCCUCUCCGCGCACCGGUCUUUCAUCCUACACCAUUCCGAUUAUAUGAAGGCCAUGAAUCUACUGUCAUUGAUCUGAGUUGGAGCAAGAACAAUUUCCUGUUAUCUUCGUCGUUCGACAAGACGGUGCGGUUAUGGCAUAUAUCUCGCAAUGAAUGUCUUUGCACCUUCAAACAUGCUGAGUAUGUCCCGUCUAUCCAAUUUCAUCCGCGAGAUGACCGGUUCUUCCUCGCCGGCUCCCUGGACUUAAAAUUACGGCUUUGGAGUAUUCCAGACAAAAGCGUAGCAUUCUGGGCGCAGCUACCGGAGAUGAUCACAGCCGUUGCAUUUACCCCUGACGGAAAAUCCUGCAUUGCCGGGACUCUCGGUGGCCAACUCCAUUUCUAUGAGACCGACAACUUGAAAUAUUCGACCCAUAUCCACGUCCGCUCCAACCGCGGGAAAAAAUCCCGGGGCAGCAAGAUAACCAACAUCCAAGCAAUGAACUUUCCUCCGGACAAGCCAUACGGAAAUUUAAAGAUCCUGGUUUCUAGCAACGAUUCGAGGGUGCGGCUGUACAACAUGCGCGACAAGAGCCUUCAGGCCAAGUUCAAGGGACACGUGAACAACGAGACGCAGAUCCGAGCAACAUUUAGUGACGACGGGAGAUAUGUGGUAUCUGGGAGCGAAGACAAGAAAACUCACAUUUGGUCAAUCGACCCUGGCGAUGCGGAGAAGGGCGAACAGCCCCUGGAAGUGUUCGAGUCGAACUCAUCGAUGACCAUCGCAUCGCUACUUGCCCCCACAAAAACGCGACAAGCUCUCAGUGCUUCGGAAGAUCCUAUAUAUGAUCUCUGUAACCCUCCACCCGUUACCCUUGUUUCCCGGACCGAGUCCAUUCAUUCAUCACGGCCACCGACAGAGAGCGAAAACGGCCAGGAGAUUCCAUCCGGAGAGACCACCACCAACCGCACCGCAGGGUCACCUGCGUACGUCGCGCGCAAUGUACAUCCCGGCGGUCACAUCAUAGUGACCGCCGAAUACUCCGGCAGCAUCCGCGUCUAUCGUCAAGACUGCGCCUACAUGAAA